CUGUAGCCACCAUGCCAGGGGAGACCUGGGUGCUGUACCUGCUGCUUCUGCUGGGGCUGGGGCUGGGGACCCAGCAGACCCUCCCACCACCCUGUGAAAGCAAGAUCUACUGCCAUGGGGAGCUCCUGCACCACAUCCAGAUGGCCAAGCUGUAUCCUGAUGACAAGGAGUUUGUGGACAUGCCAAUGUCCAGAGCUCCAGAACAAGUCCUGCAGAGCUUCAAUGAGCUGGCAAACACCCACGACUACAACAUUCCCCGAGAGCGGCUGCUGGACUUUGUCAAGACCAACUUCCAGCCCAAGGGGCAGGAGCUGGAAGCCUGGAACCCUGCAGACUGGAAAGAUAGCCCCCACAUCCUGCAGAAUAUCUUGGACCCCAAGCUGCGGGCCUGGGCAGGGCAGAUGCACCAGCUCUGGAAGAAUCUGGGCAAGAAGAUAAAACCAGAGGUUGGUGCCAAACCCGAGCGAUUCUCCCUCAUCUACUCUAAACACCCCUUCAUUGUGCCUGGUGGCCGCUUUGUUGAAUUCUACUACUGGGACUCCUACUGGAUUGUGGAGGGUCUGCUCCUCUCUGAGAUGUCUGAGACUGUGAAAGGCAUGCUGCAGAACUUCCUGGAUCUGGUGCAAACCUACGGACACAUCCCUAAUGGAGCCCGAGUGUACUAUCUGCAGCGGAGCCAACCACCCCUCCUGAGCCUUAUGAUGAACAGCUAUCUGACUCACACCCAGGACAUGGCCUUCCUCCGGAACAACAUUGAGACCCUGGCCAUGGAGCUGGACUUCUGGGCCAAGAACAGGAGUGUGUCUGUGAGCUCAGGGGGAGAGAACUAUGUCCUCAAUCGGUAUUCCGUCCCUUAUGGGGGGCCCAGACCAGAGUCCUACAGCAAAGAUGUGGAGCUGGCCAACAUGGUACCUGAAGAGCAGCGGGAGAUGCUCUGGGCUGAGCUCAAGGCCGGGGCUGAGUCUGGCUGGGACUUCUCUUCUCGCUGGUUCCUUGGAGGCAAAAACCCCAACUCACUUAGCAGCAUCCGAACAAGCAAAUUGGUGCCUGUGGACCUCAACGCCUUCCUCUGCCAGGCCGAGGGACUGAUGAGUGACUUCUACUCCAGGCUGGGGAAUGAAGCCCAAGCUGCUAAGUACAGAGCCUUGCGGGCACAGCGCAUGGCUGCCAUGCAGGCUAUCCUGUGGGAUGAGAAGAAAGGCGCCUGGUUCGACUAUGACCUUGAAAAGAAAGAGAAGAACCCAGAGUUUUAUCCAACCAACCUCACUCCUCUCUGGGCCAGCUGCUUCUCAGAUGAGACUGUGGCAGACAAGGCUCUGAAGUACCUGGAGGACAGCCAGAUCCUGACCUACAAGUUUGGCAUCCCAUCCUCUCUCCGUAACACAGGCCAGCAGUGGGACUUCCCCAAUGCCUGGGCCCCCCUGCAGGACCUGGUCAUCAGAGGUCUGGCCAAGUCUCCUUCACCUCAGACCCAGGAAGUAGCUUUCCAGCUGGCCCAGAAUUGGAUCCAAACAAACUAUGAAGUCUAUUCCAGAACAUCAGCCAUGUAUGAAAAGUAUGAUAUCACCAAUGGACAGCCAGGUGGUGGAGGGGAGUAUGAAGUUCAGGAUGGGUUUGGCUGGACCAAUGGAGUAGUCAUGAUGCUUCUGAACCACUACGGUGACCGGCUGAGGUCGGGGUCCUAGGCUCCAACUCCUGCAGCCCCGCUGACUUGCAGCUGCCCUUCUGCUCAGUCUCCUGUCACAGUGACCUCACUGCCCCAUGUGGCUUCACUCCCCUACCUGUCCCAGCUUCUAUUAAAGCUUUAGA